AUGCCUCACUCUCCAAAGCGUCUACGCCUCACAUUUGAGCCAGACUUUCAAGCCCAAAGUGAGAUACAAGGCCUAGAAGUGGCAGAUGUUCUUGUAGCUGAGGACGAGGAGACUUCCUCUAUUUCCAGUUGCUCUUUCAACUUCUCUUACCCCUCCACCUCCGCCUCCCCGCCUUCCUCUCCUGUGAUCCCAGUCUCCCUAGAGGAGGAGGAGGAAGAGGAGCCUGCUGCAACCCUGAGUCCUCCCCAGAGUCCUCAGAGCUCCUGCUCCUUCUCUGCAUCAUGGAGCACAUCAGAAGGAGUCUCCAGCAGCCAAGAAAAAGAUACAAGUUCCCCUUACACCUCAACAGACACUGAAUCUUUGCCCAGAGACCCACUAGAUGAGAAGGUGGCUGAUUUGGUACAUUUCAUGGUCCUCAAGUAUCGGCUGAAGGAGCCUAUCACAAAGGCAGAAAUGCUAAAGUUUGUCAUCAAAAGGUACAAGAAACAAUUCCCUGUGAUCUUCCAGAAAGCGUCUAAGUGUUUGGAGGUGAUCUCUGGCAUUGAUGUGAAGGAAGUGGACCCCACCACCCACUCCUAUGUCCUUGUCAACUCCCUGGACCUCACCUGUGAUGAGAUGCUUAGCGACAACCAGAGCAUGCCUAAAAAUGGUCUCCUGAUAAUCAUCCUGGGUGUGAUCUUCAUAGAGGGCAAUUGUGCCCCUGAAGAAGACAUCUGGGAUUUCCUGAAUGUGAUGGGAGUGUAUGCUGGGAGGGAUCAUUUCAUUUAUGGGGAGCCCAGGAACCUCAUCACCAGAGAUUGGGUGCAGGAGAAUUAUCUGGAGUACCGGCAGGUGCCUAACAGUGAUCCUCCAUGCUAUGAAUUCCUGUGGGGUCCCAGGGCUCAUGCUGAAACCAGUAAGAUGAAAGUUCUGGAGUUUUUGGCUAAGAUCAAAGGGACUGACCCCAUUUCCUUCUCAUACUGGUAUGAGGAGGCUUUAAGAGAUGAGGAAGAGAGAGCCCAGCGCAGAAUUGGUUCUGUGGAUAAUACUACUUCCAUGUUCAUUGCACAGCAUUGGUCAGCAGCUUCUCCUGCCCCAACUGAAGAGUGA